AUGGACAGCCCCUUGCAAGCCCUGAGAUUUCUCUUCCCCCAACUUCCCUCCAUUUCCUGGGCCGCGGCACAACAUACGCUGGGUCUGUCACAGACGUCUUCCAAAUGGGAUCUUCGAACCGAACUCACUGUCCACGUGCUCCGCUCAUUAAUGGCACCGAAGAGUGGGAGGAAGAUUCCUCCGCUGUCGAAAGUUCAAGCGGGGACGGUUAAAGAGCCGGGAAUCAAGGGCAAGACGUGGAUUGCUGCGGCCACCAUUCCCAGACCUUCAGUAGAGGAUGAGAGGGAUGGGAUGGGAUUGAGGGAUGCGGUGUUCAAGUCGAUCGAUCAGAUGAAGAAGGAGGAGGUGCGGUAUACAAAACCUGAAUUGGCGGAUGUGGAGGUGGAAUGGACGGGUUUCAGACCUAAUGCUGGGAAGGAUGAGCCGCUGCCGGAUGUCAGUGAGGAGGAGAAGUAUAGAUUGAUGAUGGAGGAACCCACACGGACGAGUGAUUUGACGAUUCUGUACUUUCAUGGCGGCGCUUACUACCUCUGUGACCCUCGAACCCACCGUGCCCUCACUUCCCGCCUAGCAAAGGAAACCAACGGUCGGGUGUGUUCCGUCCGCUAUCGUCUCGCUCCUCAAUCCGCUUUCCCAACACAACUCAUCGAUGCGUUCAUGGUCUAUCUCUCCCUCCUCUACCCACCCACAGGAUCAAUGCACGAUGCCAUUCCCGCGGAAAAGAUCAUCUUUGGCGGAGACAGCGCGGGUGGAAAUCUCAGUUUCGCUUUGUUGCAACUUCUCUUGCAACUCCACCGCGCCUCGGACGGAAUUCCCGUGGUCAAUUUCCACGGAAGAGAUGUACAUAUUCCUCUCCCGRCAGGUGUCAGUGCGAAUUCGGGAUGGUUUGAUAUCAGUCGGGCGAUGCCGAGUAUCGUGGGAAAUGCCAAGUAUGAUUAUUUGYCUCCCGCGAAUCAUGAUACGGGAGGGAUGGGGACAUUCUCGAAAGAUUCAAUCUGGCCGACGAAUCCACCUCGAGGAGAUUUAUUUUGUGAUUUGAGUUUGUUGGAUCAUCCGUUGGUUUCGGUCGUUGCGGCGGAGAGCUGGAAGACGAGUUGUCCGUUGUGGAUGUGUACUGGGCAGGAAAUGCUGACGGAUGAGGAUGUCCUUGUUGCGGCGAGGGCGGCGGGGCAGGGUGUCAAGGUGCAUUUUGAGCAGUAUGAAGCUAUGCCACAUGUUUUCGGCCUUUUACUACCACAAUUACCAAACACGACUCGCUGUUUCCGAAGUYGGGGAAAUUGGGCGAGGAAGUGUGUGGAGGAACCGGAAAGUCUCAAGACGAAUGGGACUUUUAUCCACGCGAAGAAGAGUAAAGAAGAUGCCGUGGAUGUGAUGAGGAUGCGGGCUGUCAAUUAUGAAGAAGCUAUGGGAUUAAUCAAGACGGCGAAGAUUAGGAGGACCAAGGCAUUUCAGGGAACAGGAGAGGUGCUUCCACAAUUGAAGCCCGCUUUAUAA